AUGGGUUUGUCCUCGAAGCUAUUAUCAAUAUUUGUGAUAGCGAUAGUGAUGAUGAUCACGACGACAUCAUUUAUGAUGGUGAAAGCAGAUUCAUCAAACAACUAUGGAGAUGCAUUAACGAAGAGUAUUUUGUUCUUUGAAGGCCAAAGGUCAGGCAAGUUGCCACCUUCUCAGUGUAUGACCUGGCGAAAAGACUCUGCUCUUAAUGAUGGCUUCGAUGCUCAUCUUGACAUGUUUGGAGGGUACUAUGAUGCCGGAGACAACGUAAAGUUUCAUUUUCCGAUGGCAUUCUCAACGACGAUGUUGGGUUGGGGAGUCUUAGAAUUCGGAAACUCCAUGGAAUCAGAUCUUCAAAAUGCUUUGGAAGCAAUCAGAUGGGGAAGUGACUACUUCGUGCAAGCCACACGGAUUCAUAAUCUCGUUGUGGCUCAAAUUGGAGAGCCCUAUGGUGACCAUGAUUGUUGGGAGAGACCAGAAGACACGGACACUCCCAGAAACACUUAUGUUCUCACUCCAGACAAGCCUGGUUCAGAGCUUUCUGCAGAAAUUGCUGGUUCUCUUGCUGCUUCUUCCAUGGCGUUUAGGGCUUCUGAUCCUCAAUAUUCUAAACUGCUUCUUAGCCAGGCCAUACGGGCAUUUGACUUUGCAAAUAACAAUCAUGGAUCUUACAACGACAGUAUAGGUAGUGCAGCAUGCCCCUUCUACUGUGAUUUCAGUGGCUACAUGGAUGAGUUGCUUUGGGGAGCAGCAUGGUUGUACAAGGCAACAAAAAUGAGGAAACAUUGGAACUUUGUGAAAGAAAACAUAGGAAGCAUGGAAAGCGCAAAUGUGAUUAGGAGCAUCAAAGGAGCUUCAGUUCUAUUGACUGGUGGAGGCUUUACUGAAUUUGGAUGCGACUGCAAGAAUGCUGGAAUUAAUGUUCUUGUUUCAAAGUGGGUAAUGACCAAGCCUUCCCGUGCCAGUCCUUUUAUUCCGAAUGCAGACAAUUUUGUGUGCUCUGCAUUGUCCAAUUCUCCAACCAAAUCACUCUUUUACUCUAAAGGUAAUAUAUUUCAAACUAGAAGCAACCCAUUAGGGAUGUCAUACAUGGUGGGAUAUGGCAACAAGUUUCCACAGAAGAUCCACCACCGUGGUUCAACCUUGCCUUCAUUAGACCAACAUCCACAGCAGAUUAAGUGUCGUGACGGAGAUCAAUACUUCAAAACCAAUGCACCGAACCCUAACGUCCUUGUUGGCGCCGUGGUCGGAGGUCCGGCAGAAGAUGACACUUUUGAAGACUCAAGAUAUAAUGUUGGUCAAUCUGAGCCUACUACUUACCUUAAUGCUCCUUUUGUGGGUCUUGUCGUUUACUUCAAAUCACCUCAAGCUUCUUCUGGCUUUGUUAAAUUUGAUUGGCUUUAG